AACAUGGCGAGGCCGAGUCGCUGGUCCCGGGCGUGUUUCGCUGUCGCCCUAGCUUUUAUCAGCGUCUUCAAAGCUUCUCGCGCUUGUGAGGAGCUCACGGACGCGACUGCGUCUCAAUCCGAGCUCAUUUUGCUUAAGAACUUCCACCAGGUCCUAAAAUGCAACAACAUUCCUGGAAUACUUGUGUUCCCAUACAUCUGGGGGCCUACCACGGUCACCGUGGACUGCGGAAAGCUGCAGCCGUAUCAAAUUUACAUGGGAGGGACGCCGGACGAGGUCACGCAGCGGUGGACGGACGGUGAGCAGGCAUGGUGCAGCCUGUACUCCACCUUGCGGCGCAAAGGCUGCCAGCUGCAGCUGUCGCCCUUCUCAACUUCGUACAUCGGCCUGCGGAAAACGCCGAACUUGGGUGCGGUAUGCCGCUUUGAGCACGACUCGCGGUGGAGCUGGUGGAUGGCAGGUAGCUUCGGCGCCGCAAUGGUGCUGCUGUUGGCCGCCGGGCCGCUGUCCGAGUCCAUGGCGCUGCGGGUCACCAGCGGGGGCCUCAUCUUUGCUCUGGGGUCUGUCAUCAUCAUCACCUACAUCAUCUCAAGGCAGUUGCCGGGGCGCCGCAGCCUGGUCACCACGGCCAUGCUGCUGGGCAGCACCAGCUGGGGCCUGCUGCGCUGGAGCACCGGCUACUGGGUGCCCUCGCUCUACACGCUGGCACACAACAAGUUCGUGCUGGGCGUGGCGGGGAGCUUCGGGCUGCUGGGCGCAGCGCUCACGUACCUGUACGGCAACGUGGACAACCCCAAGAUAAACACGCUGGUCAAGCUGGGGCUGCAGCUGCUGGGGCUGGGCCUACUGUGGGCUGGCACGUGGACGCAGCCGCCCGUGUUCGCCGCGCUGCUGCUGGCGGCGGCGGGCUGGCGUGUGCUGCGAUGGGUGCUGGCGGCGGUGCGCUGGUUCCACGGCAGGCGGUCAGCGAAGCAAGCAGCGACUCAGCAUGCACAAGAGCAGCAAGUGGAGCACCAGCACCAGCAGCUGCUGCAACACCAGCAAGCGGCCCUAUCCGGUACGCCGCUUGGUCAGGUCUCGGCCGGGAUAGCCCUCAGCUCAGUGCAAUCUGGCGGGGCGUAUCUGGUCACAGCUGGCAUGUUCGGUGGCGGCAGCCUGGCCCCGUCGCCCUACGGGCAUCCGAGCACGCCGAGGGGCCUGGACGCGGCGUCGGCCCUGGCGGACGCGGUCAGUCCACUGGUGCGUGCAGGGCUCAUCAUCAACCCGCUCAGCGGCCGCAGCAUCAGGAUUGGAGGCGACCUGUACAACAGGCUGGUGGAGCAGGGCUACGUGCCCGACAUGGCGGCAGGCCGCCUGGCACCGCCUAUGCCGCCAGUCGGCUCGCCUGCCGGCAGUGACGGUGGCACACCGGGCAGCCCGGGCGCGGCGGCGCGGCGGCGCAGGCAGCUGCGCAACCGGGCGGGCUGAGGUGUUGACGGCGCGGCUGCGUCCUGGUGCGUGGGGGUAGAGUUGUGCAUUUAGGGCGGAGUGCUAGAAUAGUUUUAUUGGUGCGGUCUCCAUGUUAUGAAGGCCAUGCCUAGGUAGUAGAAUGGUUGGAAGGAGUGGAAAGGCUAGUUGCGCCAGAAGUCCGGGCUGAGAAGACGAAAAGGCGGGUCCAGGUGCUGUGCAAGCAGCGUGGCGGUCGGGACCCAAGUUGCUCGCCCAACGCUCUUAAUUGUAAUUUGGCGUUGAC